CCCACCUCACCGGCACAAAACUGACCCAGCAGCGCCCCCCAGAGGCGCCGUAGUGUCGCGCUGAUGAGAGAUUCAGGAAAUCACAUGGAGGUGCUCUUGCGCUCACAUGACAGUGUGAGCGAUGGCAGGAGAGAUCAAUGAAGAUUGCUGAGCAUGUUGACUCCUCAGACGGAUUCCUGAGCAAGCUGUCCCUCUAUAAAGCGCUCGCUUUGAUCGCCCUCGCUCAGCAAGGAAAGCCACCGAGUCCCAAACUCCUGGAGAACUGCAUACAAGAGUUACCAAAACCUCAGCUCGGGGAGCAGAGGGACCUGAACGCAUUGAGGAUGCAGCCGGCUCAGGAGGACGUCCUGACGAUGUCCCAGACGCUGGACAAACUGCUGGUCAGCGACACGGUCCAUUUGGAGCUCAUACCUGAGAAGAAGGGCUUGUUCCUCAAACAUGUGGAGUACCAGGUCACCAGCCAGCGUUAUAAGAUAUCAGUUUACCGGCGCUACAGUGAUUUUGAUGUCUUCCACGAGGUUUUGCUUCAGAGGUUUGCCUACAGAGUGGUGCCGGCGCUGCCGCCUAAAAGGAUGUUAAAGGGAGUGCUGACCUCCGUCUCUGAGCGCGACUUCAUCGAGGGGAGGAGACGUGCUCUCGGCAGAUUCAUUAACCUGGUGGCACGGCAUCCCUUCUUCUCAGAGGACGAGCUGGUCAAGACCUUCCUCACCUUCAGCGGCUCCGAUGUUCAGAGCAAGCUGCGCGACACUUACAAGAAAACGGGCGAUGAAUUCAUGACCAACAGACUCGCAACCCAGGCGAAGGAAUAUCUCCCCGCUGACAUCCAGGCUCAGUUCUCGACAAGCAGAGAGCUGAUUAGAAAUAUUCACAACAGCUUCCAGAAGCUGCGGGACAGAGCUGAGAAGAUGGCAGAGCGCUCUAAGGAGAAUGCAACUGAUCUCCUCAUGUUUGGCAGAGAGCUCAGUACUCUGGGCUCAGAUGCUUCGACUCUUCCCUCCUUGGCCUCCUCUCAAAGCACCUGGGGGACGCUUCGUCAGUCUCUGAAGAGUCUGUCUGUGGAGUUCGCUGUGCUGUCUGACAAAGCCGCUCAGCAGAGCAGACGGGAAGAGGAUGAUGUUGUGGAAAAACUGAAUCUUUUCCUGGAUUUGCUGCAGUCGUACAGAGACCUCUGCGAGCGGCACGAGAAAGGCGUGCUCCACGAGCACCAGAGAGCUCUGCACAAGUACGGCAUGAUGAAGAGGCAGAUGAUGAGCGCCACGGUGCAGCCCAAAGAGCAGGCGUCUGUGGAGCAGCUGGAGUCACGAAUUGUUCAGCAAGAAAACGCCAUUCAGACCAUGGAGCUGCGUAACUACUUCUCCCUGUUCUGCCUCCACCAAGAGACACAGCUCAUCUUCAUCUACCUCCCAAUCACAUCCCACAUUCUGGGGGCUUUCGUUAACUCCCAGGUCCAAGGACACAGAGAGAUGGGAGCGGUGUGGAAUGAACUCCAGCCAAAGCUCGGAUGUCUCUUUGGUGGAAAUAACGGAUUGAAACCUCUCACCUGAAACCUAAAUACAGCAGAGAACCGCUGCCGCCGACGAGGAUCACAAACUGGAAAAUAACUUGCUCUGUGAGCUAAAGAGAAGUCUUCUUUUACACAAUUUACAUUCCAUUCAACAAGAGUAUUUCUUUUUAUGUAAAUGGCUUCUCAUCUUAUUUUUGGGGGUUUUGAUCAUCAACCAUGUGGGUCCAUUUAAUGCCAUGCUUGAUGAGGAAAUAUAAAUGCUGUUUUUCAAGGUACCCGUCAGAAUGUCAGACGUGAGGGAUGACAGUAUAUUAAUGCGGUCCAUCUCCUUUCCUAAAUCACCUGUUUCUAACUUGUGAGGAGUUUUAUACACUAAGAUAGUUCAGAAACAUUGAGAGAGCGACAGCAAGUUUCAGUUUAUUAAAGGAUGGGAUUCUUUUAAAUCUCCAGUCAUGAAGGUUUUACUUUCAGAAUGACUUCAGAAUGUCUUUUUUAUACAGAUUUCAGUUCAUCAGGUUGCGUGGCAGCGUACUUUAUAUGUUUUAUGGACAAUUUUGGCAUUUAUCUUACUUUUACAUUGUUUACUUUUUUGUAAAGCAACAUAUUUGCUUCCUCUGCUUAUAUUGACUCCCAGUUUUAUUUCAUAAGCUACUUUGAAAGGCCGAUGCUCCAUGUACAAUACUACACAGAGUAAACACAGAUUAAAAAUGACAACCUUUAGUUCUAGUGGCAUAAUGUCAACAAUAACACUAUAAGAUAUUGAUUUACUACCAAAGGGAAAUUAUAUAAAUCCACACAGCGGUGCAUAAAUCAUGUAACAGGAUCACUGCACAGUGUGAAUUUAGACCUUUAAUAAUCAGCACUUUUUGACCAUGUCACAUUGUAGAUGGAGGCUAUUUUUCAGUUAGAGAAAUCCUAAUUAAAAUUUGUUUUAUAAGGGUUAGGCUUAUCAGGAAAAACAAGAUCUGGUUAUUGCCUUUCUACUCAGACAUUUGGCAUGAAAACAAUCAUGCACCUUUAUGUCUGCACAUACAUAGUUUAUCAGAACUUUAUGUAUUUUUCUAAAUAAUAAAAUCAAAGGGACAAGUUGCCGUAUAUGUGCUCAUGUUACCUCACAAACUGAUAUCAUCUCAAAUACACCGAACUGACUACAUGCAAAUUCGGGAAAUGUGCGCAUAGAUCGACUUUUGUUUGAUGAAUAAACUGAUAGUGUGCAAAAUAAAUUCAUCUGGAAUCAUAACUAACCUGCACACUAUAUGAAAUCCAAUAAAAUGAUUACUGUAGAUAUUGUAAAUAUUUUAUUAAACAAGUCCUUGUUGAAUUGUGUUAAAUCAAUUAUCCUGAAAAUAAAAUCACAGAAUGGAUAUUUCUGUCAGUAUAAUUCUGCUUUGAUUGAUUUUUAUCAGAAAACAAAGAGUUAAAUCUCAAUGUGUCAUUUCACAUGUAAACCGUUUCCUCCCACAACAAACACUGAACAGCGGGAUUACUUUUGCAUUUAAGGAAGAACUUUGGAAGGCCGAUGGUUUUCUUUUGUCACCGUCAUAAAUGUCCUCUGAAACGCAGGUCUUCUCACAGUUCCUCCACCUCUUCCAGUUUGUGGCUGAGGAUCAGAUCGUGACCCUGAAACUUAAAGUAUCCGACAAAUUUCUUCUUCUGGAGCAUCAGCGGGAACCACAGGAUGUCGUCGGCCCACAUUUGACUGAAAGGAAUUUGGUCCCAAUCGAACCACUGAGGCCGCAUUUCUAGAAGACAAUAGAGGACAAAAUUAGUAGACCUAAGAAUUAAACCCAUUUUAUCAUCUGACACGACCUGUUAGAGGAGGGUCAAGAAUUAUUGAGUUGAGAACGUAUUUUUUUGUGAACUCAUUCUUUCUCUGAACUCCUUAUCUGUUCUAUACAAGGAAAAACCUUUUAUAAAGGUCCCACCUGGAACCCUUUCAGAGGGUUAUACCUAAAACCAAACAGAAAGGGUUAAGGGUUUCAUCUAGAAACCACACAGGGGGUCUAUUCAGAACCCUUUUUAUUCCGAGGGUUUCAUCUAGAACCCACCCACAGGGAUCUACCGAGAACACUUUUCUAUUCCAAGGGGUUUCAUCAAGAACCCUCCCAAGGGCUGAUGUGGUGCAGCUGAACCCACUACAGUCAUGGUUCACAAUCACAGUUUUUUGGGGGGUUGUAGGCUGGAUUGUGCAUCGUUCCCUUUUCACACACUCAUGCUUUCAACAAUCCUUGAAGAACCAUUUAUUAAAAAAAGGGUUCUUCAGAAGCAAAUGGUUCUGGGUCGAAGCCUUUCAGGCUGAACCUUUCUAGAGUCCUCUCUUGUGAAAUCAGUGUCAACACCUCCACAUUCUUUCUUUCCACUAACUUCAGCACAUCUGCUUUUCCCUCCAUUUGUCUCUUCGCCCCUUGGCUGUUUGGCCUCUCUUGACCUCCCGACUCUUUGGUCGAGUGCUGCACUCUGCUGCGUGUCUCUAAACUUCCCCCAGUUGACUUUUGACUGAACUCUCAGGAAACCCUUCAGGUCUCUGCAUUCCUUCUGCUGGGGGCCUCUUCAUCCCUUUGUGUAUUUACAGUCUUUUAAACGUCACCUCUGAGAGCACAUUCUCAAAGACUCCUCCUCUUAACUAAUGUGCUCUCCCUGCUCACUGGCAUGUCUGUGAGAAGUGUCUCAAUCAGUUUACUUAGAAGGAUCGCUGCGGUCAAUGUGGUUUUAAAAGUUGAACCGAAAACUGUUUAGAUUCUCAGAAGGUCUCAUUAUCUCAACUUUAAGGACAAAGUAGUGCCAAGUGCUGAACUGGAAGUCAUGAUUAAGGGGAACCAAAAGUGAAAAGAUUGUUUUUCUGCCGGAUCACAUGUUUUUGUUUUUCUUUACACAUCAGCAACUUGUAAUUAUGUACAACAACAAUGUGGAAUUCUUCUUCGACUCCACAGAUGUUUCUUUU